CCCGACGCCGACAGGCACCGACACGACACGUCGACACUCCCCCGCCCACCUACUCCCCUCGCCUCGCGCUCGAGCCACCCGAACGAAGCCAUCCCCUCCGCAGUAAUUAAGCUAAGCUUCCUACUCGGCGGCGGCGGCUGGAGAUGGCCGCGGCGUUGCCGCGGCUAUGCGCGCUGCUGCUCCUCUUCCUCGCCGUCGCGACCUGCCUCGACGUUCCUUCCCACGGGUGCUACUGGACUGGGUGCCAAAGCAAAUGGUUUGGAGUAUGCACUGCUCGCCACUUCUUGGAUUCUCAGUCAGACGACUGUGAUGGUCUUUGCACGGAGUCGAAAAGCCCUCCAUGCCUUCCUCUCCACACACAUUUCUAUUGCUGCAUACCAGGAAUCCCAAGAGUAACAAACAAGUGUGGACAUUGCAAGAAUAAGCUGGAUUUUGGCAAAGAAUUUAUAUGCUGUUCUGAUUGCUCUGACCCAAUUAUUAUGAACAAGGAUAGCAAACUGGGUUACUGCAAGAGUGGCGUUGAGCUAACAAUGCAGUUGAAACCCCAAGAAACUUUUCACUGGAUUGCUGGCCCAUGGAUGAUGUGCUCCUCUCCAUGUGAUGGUGGUGUUCGGUAUCGCGAUGUUGCUUGUUAUGGAAGUCUGGAUGAUAACACGAUCAAACACUACCCUGUAGAUGAUGCUAGCUGUUCAGCAGAUGAAAUGCCUGCAAAACAGGAAGCAUGUAAUCAGCAGAGCUGUAGUGGCUCCGAGAUGAUACAGACACCAAAUUCCAAGAGAAGUGGGAUGUCUGGUUGGUUGAUGGCAUUGGUUAUUGUACUGGGUCUUGGUGCAAUUGGUGGCAUUGCAUUUACCAGCUACACUUACUACAUUAGGCGAACCUCUGGGCCAAGUGGUUUUGUGUAUGUCAUGAUGGAAGCUUACUCUUGACUCUUGUGACUUGAGAGGACCGUUUGCCUGUGUGUCUGUGACAUGUUACUGUAGACACCAAUUGGAAUUUGAGCAACUAGUUUGUUCAUUAUUCUUUCUUUUUUUAGACAAAUCCUUUCUUUUCUUUAGUGUGCUGUAUUUGUUGUCAGAACGGUGUACUUCUCUUCCUGCUAAUUAAUGUGCAGCCAAGUUGUCUA